AACAAUGGGAAGGAAUAGUGAUUUUAUUACCUUGAUGUACACUAAUUGAAAAGCUGUGCCUAAGCAAAUCAAAAAGCGCAUUUGGAAGUAUAUUAAUUCAAAGUUCAUUCUUCCAAAAUCUUCAAAGUUAUGGGUGAUGACUGGUGUUCAAGGAGCAUGGAAGCGUUACAAAACAAGAAUAAAAAAGAAGCAUUUUGAACCAUAUUCUGGAAAUAUUGAGGAUAUGUUGGUGAAUCGUCCUUUGAAAAUUCCAGAAAUACAAUUUCGGAAGCUAAUUGCAUAUUGGAGUAUUCCAACUGUCAAAGCCAUGUGUGUUAUAAAUUCUGAAAAUCGCAAGAAGCAACAAUGGAGGCAUAAAAUGGGACCAAUCAAUUUUGCAAGAGUGCGUGUUGAUUUGCGUGAGAAAAAAGAGAACAAAGAGAAACCAAAUCAAGCUGAAAUGUUUGUUGCAACUCGGAAUGGACUAAAAGGGAAAACACUUGAUGUAGAAACACAAGCUGUUAUUGAUAAACUUGAUGAUCUCCAAGAAGCUGGAGAAACUCCUACUAAUGCAUUUCAAAAAGUUUUUGGUAAAGAGAAUCCAGGAAGAGUUCGAUGUUAUGGAAGAACUGUUACAAAAACUUCUCUUAAGAAAAAUAAAGAAAUAGAUGAAAUCAAAAAACAAAGUGAAGAGAAGGUAACAACUUUAAAAACUGAAUUAGACGAUCAUAAGCAAUGACUGCAAGGAUUGGAAGAUAUUGUGAAACUUAUGUUGCAACAAACUUCUCCUGGUAUGAAUGUUGAUGAAGCGCUUUCUCUCUUGUGAUCUAAGCAAUCGUCUGCAAAUAGUGCACAAGAUCCAAAUUUAGUUCCUCGGGAUUCUCCUCCAUCGACUCAUAUAGAAAAUCAUGAUUAGCUUUCUUAUUGUUGGAGGAAGUUUUCUGAAGACAUAAAGACAAUUCUUGCCACAAUGGUGAAGCACAAAGUCUUUUUAGUUUUAAGUGGACAACUUAAUUUCUUUUUUGUUUAAGUUCAUUAGCAGAAAAACAUGUAUUUUGCUUACUUAGGUUUAUUAUUUAUUUGACUUGGUAACUUAUUAGCAAGUAUAUAUGUUAAUUGGUACUUGGAAGACCUUUCUAUAU